AUGAUCCUCUCUGGGUUCUUGGCUUCUCGUGGGAAAGAAUCCAAAGACGAGGCAGCCAGAGUUGACCCUGACAGAGAGUUCAUCAUGGAGCCGGGAACAGCGGCCACUGCCCAGGCGGCAGCCCUGCCUGGUGGUUUGCGCCUCCUUUACCGAGACGCACCGGAGAAGCAGGGCCUCCCGUGCCGGGAGGAACACUCGGGACUUUCCUGGGAACGGGACAAACCCUGCGGCCUGCCCCGCGUGGAGAAUGGGAGGAUCGCCGUCUAUUACUACACGUUCGAGAGCUUUUACUUCCCGAUGGCCGCAGACCAGACACUGUCCUUUUCCUGCCUGGCCGGCUACACCACGGAGUCGGGGAAGCAAGAGGACAAAACCACCUGCACCGCGGGGGGCUGGUCCCCCCAGCCCAGGUGCUUCAAAAAGUGCGCACGGCCCGCCCUGGCCAACGGGCACAUCUCGGAGGCGAAACUGCUGUACAGCGUCCACGAGAAGCUGCGCUACACCUGCGCCUCGGGCUACACGACCCCCGCGGGGCUGGCCGAGGAGGAGGUGCAGUGUCUCCCCGACGGGUGGUCGUCCCCGCCGGCCUGCAGGGAGGAGCAGGACACGUGUUUGGCUCCUGAAUUACUUCACGGGAAUUACUCCACAGCGCAGACCGCCUUCCGCCUGGGGGACAAAGUGCGGUACCGAUGCGACCUCGGCUACUACAGCACGAAGGGAGAGUCGGAGGAGGAGGCCGAGUGUCGCUCGCAUGGGUGGCUUCUCCCACCAUCGUGCACCAAAUUAGUAUGCACCCCUUUAACAUCAAUAGAAAAUGGUUAUUUUCAACCUGUCAAGCCGACCUAUGAAGAAGGAGAUGUCGUUCAGUUUUUCUGUCAUGAAAAUUAUUAUCUAAGUGGACCUGAUUUAGUCCAAUGCUACGAAUUUGGCUGGUACCCAGAAUUUCCUGUAUGCCAAGGAAAAAGAACUCGCUGCCCCCCUCCCCCGCUGCCUCCCCACGCCAAACUGAAAUCCAUCGCCGCCAGUUACCACGACGGGGAGGCCGUCUUCAUCGAGUGUCAGCUGAGCUUCCGGCUGCGGGGCCUGGAGGUGAUUCGCUGUGUCAACGGGAAGUGGACGGACCCCCCCAAGUGCAUCGAAGAAGCAGACAAGAUUGCCUGCGAUGAGCCGCCAGAGGUGAAGUACGGCGAAGCCAUCGGCACGGCCGAGACCUACUUCAACGGCGACCGCGUGGCCUACAGCUGCCAGGUGGGCUUUGACCUCCGUGGCCCCCGGGAGAUCACCUGUGAGCUCGGAACGUGGACAAGCCCUCCUCAGUGUGUCGAAAACUUUGAGAUUUGUCAGUAUCCACCUAAGAUAACCCAUGGGGUCAUUGUGGGCGACGUGUUGCCGAGUUACCCAACUGGAGCCUUCGUGGAAUACAGAUGCAAUGAGUACUACAUCAUGAAGGGCGAGAAGAAGUCCUCCUGUGACCAUGGGCUGUGGUCCUCCGCCCCGCUUUGCUUAGAGCCGUGCGAGGUCAGCAAGGAGGACAUGGAGAGCAGCAACAUCGAGCUGAAGUGGGAGUACGAAGGGAAGGUGCUGCACGGGGACCUCAUAGACUUUGUGUGCAAACCGGGCUUUGACCUAGCGCCAUCCAGCCCACCGUCCGGGCUGUCGGCGCAGUGCUUUCAGGGCCAAGUGCAGUACCCCUUAUGCAUGAGGAAAGAAUCCAAAGGCAAGUGUGGGCCUCCUCCUCGUAUUGAUCACGGGUUCAUUCUUAACAUCAACCUCCUCAAUGUCAGCUUUGAAAGUGGUUCCUUGGUGGAGUACAGGUGUGUGACGCACUAUUUCCUACAAGGGCCCGUAUAUGCCUAUUGUGUAGAUGGAGUGUGGACCGAACCGCCAGUGUGUUUAGAGCCCUGCAACUUAUCGUUGGAAGAAAUGGACAGGAAUAACUUACUUCUGAAAUGGCACUAUGACAAUAGCCGACUUAUUUUGCAUGGCGAGUACACUGAGUUUGUCUGUAAAAUAAAUCAUUAUAUGACGGAGGUGUCUGCUUUUGCAAUGGAACUCAGAGUAAAGUGUGACAGAGGGAAGUUAAAAUACCCAAGAUGCGUUUCAAGACGAAGGUAACACGAGGCUUGUUCCUACAACUGGCUUUUGUUUUCUUGUCAUAGUGUUAGUCAAGAGAUUCAUCGUGUUGGUCAAUUUCAGAAACGUCAUGUUCUACAAUGCAUGCACUUUAUGCUGUUUAAAUAUUUUAGUGUAUCUUGGCUUUCUAAUUCCUAAGAGAACAAUAAGUAAAUAACAGAAAAAUGGGGGGAAAUGGUGUGAAUUAGUAAGUGACGUUGAGUUUAUAAAAACAAAUUGGUGGCAUAAUUUUUCAAGAGUGAUUUUAUGCUUUAUAAAAACAUAGUCAAAACAAUGACUAAUUCUAUGAAAUAUCAAAGGGCUAAGAUUGUAAUGAAUAUUUAAGCAGAAAUGAUGCUUGUUUCAACUCUCUCUCUCUCUCACUUUAUCUCUCUCAGGAUGUCAUAUUAUAAAGAGCCCUUUAAAAUAUGAAUGGCAGAAAUAAAAACCAUAUUUCAGCGCAUUGUAAAAUCCUUUGAGAAACAUAAUUUUUAGAAGAAAAUGGUUGGAUUAGAAACCUCUAAGUUUUAACUUGCCUGAAGAUUUGAAUUUCAAUUGUUUAUGAUAAACAUUUUCUUUGCAAAUAAAAAAUCCGAACAGGUCCCUUUAUUUCUAGUUUGAUUGCACGUCUUCCAUCGGUUCUAUUAUCGAUCUUCACAUAAAAAUGUUUCCGCCUUCUAUUGUCCAUUUACUUCCUUCAUUUUUUUUUGUUGCUGUUAAUCCUCACCCGAGGAUAUUUUUUCCAUUGAAUUUCACAGAGAGAGUGGAAGGGUGUAGCUGUUAACUAGAAUUGGAAUGAAGUUAACUAGAAGAGGACGUUCUGCCAAGACAAGACGGGGGCCUGCAAGCGGGCCAAGUCAGAACAAAGUCUUGCAAGCAAGACUUACUGUUCAGAGGCAGAACUUUCCUUGAGGCGAUAAAUAGUCCAUGAGGGCAUGGAAAGUUCAAGGGAGGGUGCACUGCUGCAGGUGGAAAGGGUCUUUGUAUAACAUAGGAAAUUAAUAGUUUAAUGUAUAACUUAGCUCUGAUGAUCUCAUAAGGAUGCCUGUUAGUCAUUGCCACUUGCUGUACUCCAUUGUGAUUUGCUGUACUCCCUGAAUAAACGUCAUGAGAGCUUUGGGGGCUUUGCUACUUGCCUGACUAGCAAUAGCCCUCUGCUUCUCUAAACUCAA